AUGGAACACGAGGAGGCGGCGAAGCACCUCGCUGACGCUGCUGAGGGCGCCGACGGCGUCAACAGUGGCGGCCAAAACGUGGUCUUCUCGCCGCUGUCCAUCUAUGCCGCGCUAGCCCUGCUGUCCGCCGGGGCACGUGGUACCACCCUGGACGAGGUGCGGGCCGUGCUCGGCGCGUCGUCGCGCGACGAGAUCGCCGAGUUCGUUAGUGCCGUGGUGGAGCGCGCCCUCGCUGACCACUCCGAGUCCAGUGCGCCCCUUUGUCAAGUUCGCGUGCGCGCUCUGGCACGAGAAGACAAUGGCGCUGAAGCCGGCUUACAGGACAGCCGCCGUUCAAUCCUACAAGGCCGAGACGCACGCCGCUGA